UCACGUUCCUACUGCAGCGCUUGUCACGGUCAACGUGCGAACUGCCCUGCGAAUUGGCGGGAAUUUGUUAAAGGGACAAACACGCAUGGUUUGUGCUUUGUUGUGGUCCCGUUGAACAUGCAGUGACGCUUUGAGUAGCAUCUGCGACGAUGGUAUUACAGAAUAGUGGACGAUAUAAGGCUGACAGAUUUGACAAGAAGAGGAACGAUGACGGGAAGACUUAUCAUAAGGAGGACACAUCCGAGCGACGACUUCAGGACUCAUUGUUCAGAGAUGAAAUUGACCGCAAGUUUGGUUUCGAACGGCACAAACUUCCCAACGAAAGAGUGGGGUGGCUGGUCAAUAUCAAACCAGCCGAAAUUCUGAAUGAGGACAAACGACUCAUCAGUGCAGUAGACUAUUACUUUAUGGAGGAAGAUGGGGGCCGCUUCAAGGUAUCCCUACCCUACGAGCCCUACUUCUAUGUUGCGACAAAGCCAGGCACAGAACAGGAAGUGAUUUCGUACCUCACAAGAAAAUAUCAGGGCACGCUGGGACGUGUGGAAGUUAUUGCCAAGGAGGAUCUUGACCUGCCCAAUCACUUGGUGGGAUUGAAAAGAAAAUACCUGAAGCUACAGUUUGCCUCAGUAAGUGACCUGAUGAAAGUGCGGAAGGAGCUCCUCCAUGCUGUUCGCAAAAAUCAAGAACGGCAGAAAAUAAGUGCCACGUCUGGUGCUGACAGCAGAGAGGGACAGGAUAAUAACACGGGCAGCCGUAAAGCAACAGAGCAGACUGACAACAUUGUGGAAAUCAGGGAGUACGAUGUUCCAUACCACGUACGAGUGUCGAUUGACCUCAAAAUAUUUGUGGGACUCUGGUACUCUGUGAGGGGCAGAGGUAAUGAUGCCCCUGUUAUUUGCAAGCGGGAAGAUUUAUUGCAAACACCAGACGUCGUUGUGUUGGCGUACGACAUAGAAACAACAAAGCUGCCAUUGAAGUUUCCUGAUGCUGCCACAGACCAGAUAAUGAUGAUCUCAUACAUGGUUGAUGGACAAGGAUACCUCAUCACCAACAGAGACAUUGUCUCUGCUGACGUGGAAGAUUUUGAGUACACACCGAGGCCCGAGUUUGAGGGCCCAUUUAUUAUCUUCAACGAACCAAAUGAGCUGGCUUUACUUCAGAGGUUCUUCGAUCACAUCAUAGAACUGAAGCCGAAUGUAAUUGCUACUUACAACGGCGAUAAUUUUGACUGGAUGUUUGUGGAAGCUCGUAGUGCUGUUCAUGGCCUAGACAUGGCCAAAGAAGUGGGCUUCCAGCGUAACCGUGAGGGUCAUUAUUUGGCCCAUUCAAUUGUGCACAUGGAUUGCUUCCACUGGGUGCGUAGGGACAGCUACCUGCCUGUGGGUAGCCAAAACCUAAAAGCAGUUGCCAAAGCCAAACUACGCUAUGACCCAGUGGAACUGGACCCAGAAGAGAUGUGCCGUAUGGCUAGUGAGCAGCCACAGGUUCUGGCCAACUAUUCGGUAUCAGACGCAGUGGCAACAUAUUACCUCUACAUGAAGUAUGUGCAUCCUUUUGUGUUUGCACUCUGUACCAUCAUUCCCAUGGACCCUGAUGAGGUUCUGCGUAAGGGGUCGGGCACCCUAUGUGAAGCGUUGCUGAUGGUACAAGCGUUCCAUGCCAACAUCAUCUUCCCCAAUAAGCAAGAGGCUACCCUGAACAAAUUGACCGAAGACGGCCACGUACUGGACCAAGAAACUUACGUUGGCGGACAUGUAGAAGCAUUAGAAUCAGGCGUAUUCCGAGCUGACAUUCCCUGCCGUUUUCGUCUGGUUCCAGAAGCAUUCCAGACACUCAUUGAGAACGUCCCAAAAACACUGCAGCAUGCUGUUGAAGUCGAAGAGAAAGUUCCUCUGUCUGAAGUCAUUAAUUUUAAUGAGGUCUGUGAGGAGAUAAAGCGUGCAUUGGCAUCACUACGGGACACCCCGUCCAGGCUUGAAAAGCCAAUCAUCUACCAUUUAGAUGUUGGUGCUAUGUAUCCGAACAUCAUACUUACCAAUAGGCUGCAGCCGUCAGCUAUGGUGGAUGAGACUGAUUGUGCAGCUUGUGAUUUCAAUAAACCAAAUGCCACGUGCAGAAGAUCAAUGCCAUGGACUUGGAGGGGCGAGUACAUGCCUGCCAGCCGGGCAGAAUUUCAGCGCAUCCAACAGCAGCUGGAAACGGAGAAGUUUCCUCCUGCAGAGCCAGGAGGACCCACUCGAGCAUUCCAUGUCCUGUCAAGUGAGGAAAGGGCUGCGGCAGAAAAGAAAAGGUUGGCUGAUUACUGCCGAAAAGCAUACAAGAAGGUGCACCUGACCCGCACUGAGCUCAGACACACAACCAUCUGCCAGAAGGAAAACUCCUUCUACGUCGACACUGUUAGGAAUUUCCGCGACAGGCGUUACGACUUCAAGGCACUCCUCAAGGUAGCAAAGAAGAAGGUUGCUGCUGCAGUUGAGAAGGGGGAUCCAACUGAAAUCAAAGCAGCAAAGAACCUUGAAGUGCUCUAUGACUCGCUGCAGUUGGCACACAAAUGUAUUCUUAACUCUUUCUAUGGAUACGUCAUGAGAAAAGGUGCUCGCUGGUACAGCAUGGAGAUGGCUGGAAUUGUGUGCCACACUGGAGCUGGCAUUAUCAUGAGAGCUAGGGAACUCAUUGAACAAGUUGGGCGUCCUCUUGAACUGGAUACGGAUGGCAUUUGGUGUGUGCUUCCCGCGUCAUUCCCCGAGAAUUUUGUGAUCCACACUACAAAUACCAAGAAGCCCAAAUUAACAGUGUCUUACCCAGGAUCUGUGCUGAAUGUUAUGGUGCAGGAGCACAACACAAACGACCAGUACCACGAACUGGUUGACACAGAGAAACUUCAGUAUGUGCAGCGUUCUGAAAAUUCAAUCUUCUUCGAAGUAGAUGGACCGUACCUAGCAAUGAUACUUCCAGCAUCUAAAGAAGAAGGGAAAAAGUUGAAAAAAAGGUAUGCUGUGUUUAACUUUGAUGGUUCACUAGCUGAACUGAAGGGCUUUGAAGUGAAGCGUAGAGGAGAACUGCAGCUCAUCAAGAUAUUCCAGUCCUCUGUUUUUGAAGCAUUCCUCAAAGGUACCACAUUGGAAGAGUGUUACGCAGCCGUUGCCAAGGUUGCUGACUACUGGCUUGAUGUUCUCUACAGCAAGGCAGAAAACAUGCCAGAUGAGGAGCUCUUUGAGCUUAUCUCUGAGAAUAGGAGUAUGUCCCGAAAACUAGAGGAUUAUGGAGUUCAGAAGUCUACCUCGAUCUCAACAGCAAAAAGAUUAGCUGAAUUUCUGGGCGACCAAAUGGUGAAGGACGCUGGUCUGAGUUGUCGAUACAUAAUCUCCAGAAAACCAGAGGGCUCUCCUGUAACAGAGAGGGCCAUUCCACUCGCCAUAUUUCAAGCCGAACCCAGUGUAAAACGGCAUUACCUGCGACGCUGGCUAAAAGCCUCAGCAAUGGAUCAUUUUGAUAUCCGAGAGAUUCUGGACUGGGACUACUAUGUUGAACGACUUGGAAGUGCCAUACAAAAGAUUAUCACCAUUCCUGCAGCACUUCAACAGGUACCAAACCCUGUACCCCGCGUCGCACACCCAUCAUGGCUUCACAAACGCCUUCUUGAAAAGAAUGAUGUACUCAAGCAGAAGAGAAUAAACGAGCUCUUUGGGGCAGCCCCGAAGCCGCAAGCGGACAAGCAGCCAGAUUCCGAUAUCAUGGACAUUGAGGACGGUGGUGUGGCCAUGCCUGUUCGCCCCGUUGUUGCCACCUGUCGUAAACGAGCACGAUCACCAUCACACAGUAAUGCUGAAGAUGACCUCAAGAAAUCUUGGAAGGAAGUUUUGGGACCUCCUCCACCUUUUGGCAAAACUAAGGAGGAAAAGAUCACUUGGAUCAAGUUCCAGAAGAAGAAAUGGGAGUUUCAACUGCGACAGCGGCUAGCUCGUUCAAAGAGGGCAAGGUGGGAGAAGAACAGCGCAUCUGACAGUGCUUCUUCAGGCUUGGUUGUAAGAGCACCCACAACAGCUACACUGGGAGGUUUUCUCAGGAAAGCCCAACGUGCUUUAGUUGACCAGCCCUGGCAGAUCAUUGAGCUGGCUGAAACAGGACAGCCAGGCGUCUUCCGGUUGUGGGCCCUGGUUGGUACUGACCUGCAUCAAAUCCGGUUGGUGGUACCUCGAAUUAUCUACAUCAACCAGAAGGUGCCAAGAGAUGAGAACGAUGGAAUGUUCACCAAAGUCAUGCGACACCUUCCAAGAUCCCAUCCAGUGUACCACUUGUACGAGUGUAGUUUGGAUGAAGUCACCUUCCAGACAAGAAAUGAAGACAUAAUGUCAGAGUUGUCAGCUCCACACGUAGAAGGCAUCUAUGAAACCCAGGUACCUUUGGACUUCAGAGUCAUGGUACAGCUUGGAUGUGUUUGUAUGGUUUCCAAGCAGUACUAUAGGGAGUACAGUUCCAAGGAGACCGACACAUUCAAUUUUCGACAUCUCUCCUUUGGUAACCUUGCCCAGCAUGAAUACCUCAAGCCGGGUACACUCAAGUAUCUGUACUUGUAUCAUCAUACCGAGGGUCAGAAGACAAUGUUUGGCUUGUUCCUUCCCACAAUGAAGAAGGGACUGGUGUUUGUUAUAGACACAGUUCGAACCAAUCAAAUGCCCAACAUGCAACAACUUUACAUCAACGAACGUCGGGCAAAGAUAUCACGAGGCACGGACGUUGAUUUGCUCCCUGAAGAUGAAUACAGCUUUGAAGUGAAGGUGGAAACAGACAUCAGGACAGUGCAUCGAGCGCUGCAACGGCAGUUGUCAAUUUAUAGAAAUGAAAAGCGAGGUCCCACCAUGCUUGCUGUACAGAGUUCUCUUGCACCAUCUGAGUUGUCUGCAGUGAUGCCUGGUGUGACAGAGUUUCCCAUGGUUCCUGUGCACGCACGUGACAGUGAUCACUUGUACAGGGUAAUGGAAUGGCAGAAAGUAGGUGCCAAAGCCAUGGUGCGCCACUACCUUAAUAUCGAGACAAUCCUCACGACAAUGCUAGAGCAGUGCCGAUAUUUCCAUGUGCCUAUUGGAAAUCUGCCUCAAGAUGCAGUCCUUUUCGGAGCAGACCUCUUCUAUGCCAGACAUUUGCAGAAACAUAGCUUUGUGCUGUGGUGCUCUCAGUCUGAGAGACCUGACUUAGGUGGAAAAGAGGCUGAUGACAACAGGUUACUCGCUGAGAAUGACACCUCAUUUGCUGAAGUCAAUAAUCCGGGUGGCUAUUGCGCAGUAUCUGUGGAGCUGGACAUCGGUGGUUUGGCAGUCUCAACAAUUAUUCAGUCUCAAAACCUGACUGAACUGGAGGGCGUGAGCUCCAACGUGGCAUUUGAUGCUGGCAUGGCGCACAUAUCGCUGGAUGAGAUGGUCUCCGGUGGCCAGUCAUCUUCCUUAGUUAGCUACGACGAGAUGGCCCUGUCAGCCAGCGCAUUCCGGCUCCUUCGUAGCAUGGUCUCUGGCUGGCUGCGUGACGUGUCUGUAUAUGGAAACGUUUUCGCUGAUUUCCAGUUGGCACAGCUUUUCAGGUGGCUGAAAUCUCCUCGAGCUUUCAUGUAUGAACCAGCCCUCAAAAGGAUCCUCAGCAACCUGAUGCAGAAAAUGUUCAUGCAGCUCCUUGCAGAGUUUGAGCGCCUCGGGAUGACAGUAGUGCAUGCAAACUCUAAUCGAGUGGUUGCAUGCACCAAACGUCACAGACUGGACGAUGGUCUGGCACAUGCAGAAUAUGUGAUCGACAGCAUUCGCAACAAGGAGCUCUUCCACAGCCUGCAGAUCUCUGUACAGAACACUUGGGAAUUUCUUCUGUGGCUAGAUUCUGCUAACCAUGGAGGUGUACGAGGAAAACAAUCGGAAGACGACCCAGAGGACGAAGCUGAAGUAUGCAUGUUCUGGAAUCUUCAACGCUUCUUGCCAGAGACAGCAGUUCAGGAGAAUUUCAAUGCGGUGAUUUGCAGCUACAUUGAAGCUGUGUACCUGCGCAUGCAAGAAGAGGUUUCACAACUUUCUCAGGUUCAGAGGAGAACAUCGAGUCAAGCGCCAAAAGAACAGAGUGUAAGCAAAGACAUAGCUGAGUACCUGCAAGUAUUUGUUGGUGGUGAACUGGCCCAGCGGCUUUACGGCAUCACCCAAAGAAUUCAACAGAAAAUGCCAUCAAAAAUAGUUAAUGGAGAGAACGUAUUCCCUUCUAUUCCUGGCCAUCACCUUGAUCCGGGCAACCCAGCACUGGAGUUUGUAAAGGCUGUCUGCAAGGUGUUGUCGCUCGACACCAACAUCACUGAACUUGUGGUUAAGGUACGGCGUGAUCUUUUGAAGCUGAUUGGUGUAGGAGAAUUCAGUGACCAGGCUACCUGGAUAGACCCCUGCCUCUCAUUCGUACUAAACGAGGUCAUCUGCAGUCAGUGCAACAACUGCAGAGACCUUGACCUCUGCAAGGACCUCUGCCAGGAUGUUGACGAGAACGGAAUACCACUGUGGUUCUGCCCUUCAUGCAAAAACCCAUAUAAAAGAGAGGACAUCGAGUCGCUCCUGAUAUCCAGUCUUCAACAAAUAUCCAUGGCGCACAUUCUGCAGGAUGUGCAGUGUUCAAAAUGCCACAUGGUCAAACGAUCCAACAUGAUGAAGUACUGUGAAUGUGCAGGCAACUUUGACACACUUUUGGAAACUCAAGGCCUUGAGAGGAAGCUACAAACUUUUCUCAAUAUUGCGAAGCACUUUCGCCUACCACUCUUAGAAGAAAGUGUUUCCUGGAUCAUGAAGAGCAACUGAGAUUUUAUCGUGUAAUUUUACCCUGUAAAUAGUGUUCAUAUUUUUUACCCAAAGAGUAAGACGAGUCUCAGCUGAAUAAAGCUAAGUAUGCCAAUUUUAUUCACUCAA